AUGAGCAGAUGGGAUGGUAGAAGUGGAGGCCGCAGGGAUAUGGAAAUUGGUCGCUGGAAUGAGCUUGAAGGAAAAGCCCCGACGUCCAAACGAGCGUUCACUUUCCGCAGAGUGAUGGAUCUCACUGAUGAGAAGAAAUUCAAGUAUUCCGAGGUGGAUAUCGAGUCUCGGGAACUUCGUGGCCUGCUGAAAAAGGUGAUCGGAGACUCAUACCCGGGCCAAAGUUGGGAAGGAAAUACUAUCAAUUUGAUAGCUCCCUUUGCGCCUGUUGUUCAUUACUGGAAAGAGCUCUCUCGUGCAAGCAGAGAAACAGACGUCAAAGACAGCCUCGGAACCAAAGCAGCCAGGAAAGAUCUCAGCAAUCUCCUCGAGUGCAUAUCUACAUGUACUGAGCUGGAGUCCUACUUCAAAACUCGGGAGUCAAACCUGGAGUCCCACACUAUCACUUACCAGACUAUCUGGACGUUGUUUCGCCCCGGGACGUUGGUCGUGGCGAGGCCCUUUAUGAAUCUACCUCAGGUGUUUGAGGUGAAGACAUCUCCAGAUCCGUGGGAAGACCGGAGGCUGAACAUCGAAUGCUGGGGUUACGAUUGGAACGGUAAAGAGAUAGUGAGAGUCACCUUUGAGUUCCCUCUCGAGAGAUUCAGAGGCACCAAGGAGAUCAGCUCCCUUUUCUGCUAUCCCUUGGAGUUCUAUAGAGAUGAAAACGGGAAUUUCGACCAAUCCCUCCGCAACGAGCUGGUGAAGAGAGGUCAAUGGUUUCUCGAGCUAUGCAAAACAACAGGGGCCAAACAAAUGUUUGAAUACGACGGUCAAGCACUUUCUAGCAGGAGGAGCCUCGCCAGGACGAGUCCUGAUGCUGAAAGCAAAACGCCUUCCCUGUCUAUGAAAGAUGAGGCAGACUUGUCAUUAGCUGCAGAGUAUCUCAUCCACAAAACGUUCAAGGCACGCUUCCAUUCCUUUUCGGUUGAAACGCUGACAGAUGUGACAGGCCCUGGCAUUCCAUUACUGGGAAAGUAUGAGCCCACAGACGUCGAACCUUUCAGUCAUCCCCACGACGAGCAGGGUGUCGGAGGAGACGAGCACCAGUGUCUCCUAUAUCCACCCCGGAUUCUUGGAUAUGCAACCCAACAGAAGAUGUGGGCCCAGUUCAAGGUCCAAGACACGACGGCCGUGCCGACUGACCUCUCCACCGCGUUUGAGGACAAACUCGAAUUGGAUCGAAAUGACAAGAACAUGAUCAAGGCGCUGGUAGAAAAUCACGAAAGUAGCAAAGACGCAAGUCAAGCCCAGGUGAACGAUAUUAUAGAGAGCAAGGGCAAAAAUCUUGUUAUACUAUUGCAUGGUCCUCCCGGUGUUGGCAAGACUCUUACUGCAGAAACCAUUGCUGAGGCCACGGGCAAACCACUUUUGGUCGUCACCGUCGCUGAAAUCGGUUUGGAAGCGUCAAAGGCAGAGAAAAGCCUGGAGCAGAUAUUCUAUCUCGCCGGAGCGUGGGAGGCGAUCCUUUUGAUUGACGAAGCGGACGUCUUUCUCGAAUCGCGUUUCGUCAUGGUUCUGCUCCGAGUGCUGGAGUAUUUCGAAGGAGUCAUGAUCCUGACGACCAAUCGCAUCACCUCUCUUGAUAUCGCCGUCCAGUCGCGCAUCCACCUCGCGAUCCGGUAUACCGACUUGACCAGGGAGCAAAAGAUCAAGAUCUACAACAUCUUCCUGAGCCAGCUCAUCGCUGAGGGCAAGGUGGACACCGAUGGCAUUGACGAUUGGAUCAGAUGGGUGGGGUGCGAGGCGGAGGUCAACGGUCGCCAGAUCCGCAACAUCGUGUCCUCGGCAUACUUACUAGCACGCAGCCGCACCCAGCAUAGAAAUCUGAAGAGGGACGAUUUGCAGACGGUCAACGGCAUCAUGAAGAAGUUCCAGAAGCAGUUGGAGACCUUAACAGUGGCCGCAAGAAAACAGAACGAGGGACAGUUGCCCCCCUAA